CUUGUCGCGAAUUCACUGGUCAAUUUGCACUCGUAGAAAGUCGGAAUCAUCCAGUCGAUCAACAUCAUGGUUGUCAGCAAGGUAUUAUUCGUUUGCGCUUUGGCGGUAGCCACCGUGAGCGGCGGCUUGAUCCAACCAGCGCCUGCAGUCUACCCGGCGUCUCGCUUGGCUUACGCGGCACCGGCAGCACCUCUGGUCUACGCCACCAGGCAAAUCGAGGCCGAGCCCUACGACCCGAACCCGCAGUACAACUACGGCUACGACGUGCAGGACCCCAACACCGGCGACUACAAGAGCCAACAGGAGAGCCGCAGCGGCGACCAGGUCCGCGGCAGCUACUCCCUCCUCGAGGCCGACGGCACCAGACGCAUCGUCGAGUACACCGCCGACGACCACAACGGAUUCAACGCCGUCGUCCGCAAGGAGGGCACGCCUCUCAUUGCCCAGGCCCAGAUCGCACCCGUGGCCAAACUCGCCACCUAUGCUCAGCCUGCUGUUGCCCUGAGAUCGUUCGCCCCGGCACCUCUGGCCUAUUCUCAUGCCGCUCCGUUGGCCAUCAAGUCCUUCGCUCCCGCGGCUUCUGCUGCCGCACCAGCUUACGCUGCCAAGACUUAUGCCGCUGCUCCGAUCGCCACUGGCUACUCUCACUAUUGA